CUAUCUUUGCUAAACGAUAUGGUUCGGCCGAGUGAGCCUGCAACAUGGCUCUGCCCAGUUUUUGAUUUGUCGAAUAAAAUCACCGACGUGGUUGAGUACAUCAGGGAUGAUGAUGAGUUUGGAGCUGCAUCGGUAUCGAUGUCUCUUAACAGGUCACCUGCAAUUGAAUCCACGAGCAUCCGCGGUUCUUCCAGUAACGUGCCAUUCUACCCUGGCGGUUUUGAUAGCGCAUUUGGCAAUGUCAUGUCGUUUGCGAAAGAGGAGGACAACCAGAACUCUGAUGAGAAAGAGUUCUUCAGAUAUGAUGAUCUCUUAUCUUGUGCUCCUGGUAUGCCUGGUGGUAUUAGUUUCUUGCCACCCGCUGAAUCGCUUGCUCAUAUAUCGAAACCGAACGAUUCAAGUUUAACCAGCGGGAAUAUCGAUUUUGAUUCUACUGAUCUGUUUGAACUUAUGGACUUUGUUGGAGGGGGUUCUCCCUUAGUGAUCCCAUUGGAGAGCUCCAUCUCUAAUGAAGUGCAGAUUAAUGAUGAAUCUGAAGUGGACAUGAUAUCGAAUGUAUCCAAAGGAACAGAAUCUUCCGGUGUCAGCGAAGAAAUUGAGGUGGCUCUGGAAACUCCACUGUCGAAGCCUACUCUGAAAUUUGUCCCUCCCGAGCGCUUUGCCUAUGCAAAGCAGCUGGAUCCAGCAUCAUGCGAGGGAGAGUAUAGGGCAUUGUUGCCAAAUAUGGCCAAAAAGUAUCCUUUCGAGCUGGAUGGCUUCCAACAGGCUGCUGUGGUUUGUAUGGAGAAAGGGGAAUCCGUUUUUGUUGCCGCUCACACCUCAGCCGGAAAGACCGUUGUUGCAGAAUACGCAGUAGCUCUAUGUGAACAUCAUCGAACGAGAGCAAUUUACACAUCUCCCAUCAAAGCGCUAUCAAACCAGAAAUUCCGAGAUUUCAAAAUGAUGUUCACAGAUGUUGGUUUGGUCACUGGCGAUAUUCAGUUGUUCCCUGAGGCAUUCUGUCUCAUUAUGACUACAGAAAUCUUGAGGUAA